CCAAACGUCAUUGAAAACUACUGCUAAUGGCUUUUCAAUUUUGCAUUUGUCUGAGCGAUGAACGGCAUACUGUAAACUCUGUUAAAUUGUCUUAUAAAAAUACUAUGAAGUUUAAUUGGCGUUGGUUUUCAAACUUGAGAAGAAAGGAAAUUCCUUAUCAUAGUAUUACUAACGGUGUAUCUACUUCGGUGGCAAGCGUUGACAAUCAAGGAUUUGUAAUACCACUCAACAACAGUGUUUCAAGAGACUCAGCACAAACGCCAGUCAAUUAUAGUCAAGUUGCCAGUUAUAUAUUACCGCAUUUAUGGCCAGAAGGUUCUCUUUUAAAGUUUCGUGUCUUAUUUUGUCUGCUGUUAGUGUUUCUGGCGAAAUUUGCGAAUUUUUUGACUCCGUUGGCUCUUCGCAGUGCAGUAGAUUUUUUAGGGAGAGAAACUGAAGCGAAUCCUUCCAACUCUUUUCUUACAUCUUUUGUAAAAUUUCCAAACGUCUAUAUUUCAGUGCUUGCCUAUGCUCUUCUUCGACUAACGUCCACUAUGCUUGGAGAGCUGAGACAAGGUGUCUGGCAGCGUGUGUCACAAGUUACUACUCGUAGUUUAGCUGUUCGUUCAUUCUCGCAUAUACUUGAACUUUCGUACGAGUUUCAUCUUGGUAGGAAAACAGGUGAUAUUGUGAGCACGUUGGAUAGAGGAAUCAACUCUAUUAGUACUUUGCUUGGGACUUUUGUAUUUACUUUGGGUCCUACAAUUAUCGAGUUACUUCUUGUUUGCAGCGUAUUUGUAUCUUUAGGUUCACUUUUGUUGGCAUUCACCACAGCUCUUUCCGUUAUUGCAUAUGGCGUCUGGAGUGUUUGGCUUAGUGAAUGGCGAAGAAGCAUCAGAAGACAAGUGAAUGCAAAAGAUAACAUGGUUCGAGAAAAGACUGUAGAAGCUUUCGGAAAUUUCGAAACUGUCAAAUAUUUUUGUUCUGAGAAUUUUGAAACACAACGCUAUAUGAACGCUGUGGAGGAAUAUUUUGAAGUAUCGCGCAAAUCGCAGUGGUCGUUGUCUCUUUUGAAUAGUGGUCAGAGCUUGUGGAUUUGUCUGGGUCUUGGCUCUGCCAUGUUAUUGACAGCAUCACGUGUUAUGUCUGGUGCAGAAUCUGUGGGAACAUUUGUCAUGGUGAAUGCAUAUAUUCUACAGCUGUAUCAACCUUUGAGUUUUCUUGGAACGGCUUAUAGAAUGAUAAGUUCAGCAUUGACCGAUCUUGAGAAGCUUAUUCUACUUUUAAGAGAGCAACCUGAUAUUCAAGAUAAGCCAGAAGCACCAUCUUUGAAAUGCCAAGGUGGAGAAGUUGUCUUUGAACGAGUUAGCUUUUCUUAUAAGCAAAAUGCUCGAGGAAUUCAUAACAUUUCGUUUCAUGUACCUGCAGGUUCGACGUUGGCCAUUGUUGGGGUUAGUGGAGCAGGGAAGAGUACCAUUACUAAGCUAUUGUUUCGUUUGUAUGAUCCUGAUUCAGGUUCCAUUCGAAUUGACAAUCAGUUAAUUGGUGAAGUGCGACAGGAUUCCCUUCGUCAGGCUAUCGGAAUCGUUGCUCAAGACACUGGCCUUUUCCAUGACACAAUUCGAUUUAAUAUACAAUAUUCGAAACCGGAUGCAAGUGAUGAAGAAGUUAUCGAAGCUGCAAAAGUGGCGCGUAUUCACGACUUUAUUUGUUCACUUCCGAAUGGUUAUGAAACUAUCGUAGGUGAAAGAGGUCUUCGGUUAAGUGGAGGCGAAAAACAGCGAGUUGCAGUGGCACGAGCUGUUCUGAAGAAUCCUUCAAUACUUGUACUGGAUGAAGCGACUUCUGCUCUAGAUACCGAAACAGAGCGAGCUAUCCAAACGUCUUUAAUGGAAGUGUCGAAGAAUCGAACUACUAUCAUUAUUGCUCAUCGUUUAAGUACUGUUAUUCACGCUAAUAAUAUUUUGGUGUUGCAAGAUGGUUUUUGUGUUGAACAAGGAACACAUGAAGAAUUGCUUUCUUAUAGCGAUGUGCAUCGAAAUUUAGCUGCACUGUCAAGUUGGUCAUUUCAGAGACGUGGUUCAAUAAUGGUCCAGUUACAACUUUCUUCUGAGGAUCGAAGUCAAAUAAGAUAUGUGCUUGAACGUUGUCUCGAAGAAGAACCAACAAAACAGAAGCUUUUAUUAAAUGUGAUAAAAGAAGAAACUAUAUCUCACCAGGACUUGUAUGAAAUAACUCUUUCAGUCCCACAAAACGCCCUUCCACCGUUUCGGUUUUUGGUAGCACGCUGCUCUUGGAGCUUACCACCACCAAAGUGUCCAUAUGACAACUAUCAGCGUUCUCCGUUGCUAGAAGAAAGACUCAAGGUGCUUCGUCAACGACAUGAACAAAAGCGGUAUAGGGAGCUCAUACAGGAUUUGCCAAGCUUUACUCCAAAUGAAGCUUCCAUGGCUGUCAACUUCCAGUCCUUCUGGGAACAAUUGACACUUGGCUUGCAAGUGUUAACAUCUAUGGUCACAGGUUUCAUCUUCGGCUAUUACGUUGCCUGGAAGCUAACAAAAAACCAAACAAUAGCACUCGUUUGGGGCUUAGUGGCUUUUAUUUGUGCAAUGUUCGUUGACGUAUUUCUUAUUAUCACCGGCUUGCUGGCUAAGGAUAUGAUGACGUUGAGAACAACUAAAAGUAAAAAGAACAAGUAAUAGACGAAACUUUAGCUACUCAUCACUUCUGGGUCUGUAUUUGCUAUUUGACUUCCUUUUUGUACAAAGCGGAAGCGGUAGCGGCUAUUGUUGGAAUAAAUUUCUUCUAGUAGUUUCUUGUUACAGUUCCAAACAUAGUAUAAUAAUAGUGACGACAGAAGCACGACAACACAAAGAAUCCAAGUACUUGAAUUCUUCUAAACAUAAGUGCUAGCAUACCCGGUGGAAGAAACUUCUUACCUGAUAACUGGAGAAAGUUGUCUCUGUAUACAAGGAAUCAUAUUUCCAACUAUUCGUGUCAAAAUAACGGUUAAGUUCUGUCUCUUCUACCAAAAUUCGGGCCAUUAGAAUUCGGUCGCAAGUAAAACAACAUUUUGAGGU